GCCCAUGAACCUCUUGAGGCGCUCGGUCGGUCACCAUGGUGGUGGCGGCGGCUUUUACAACAGCAAGCCCAGACAGCAGACCAUCCGUCGCUUCUAGACACUAAAACACUCCGUUUAAAUGCUGCUUUUCACUCUCCGCUGCUUUGGAAAUCACUUAAAAUGGACACUCGCCAAAGCGCGUGCAAUGGACAUUGUUUUAGGAUGGAAACUGAAGAUGGAAUAGCGAACAGGGGACAAACGGAAUGCUGAAAAACGCACUCGUCUGCGUAAAACACAGCUAAAACUCACAGCUAAAAAUCUCCUGUCAGAGUCCAGUUGGAGAAGCUCCAGCGGCUGGAAGAGGAAAAGCAGCCGGACUGGUGCCUGUGGGAUUGGGUCGAGGGACAGUAAGAAAGCUCCUGGCUCGGGCUGUGGCCUGGGGACAAGACAGGCUCUCUCCUCUGCAGCUUCCGAGAAAUAAAAACUGGGUUUGUGCCCCCUUCAUAAACAAACCACUUGAGUGAGAGGUCGGCUGUGGAUUAUCCCGGAGCCAUGGCGUCCUAUGUGGAUAACAGUUUUCGGCAGGCGGUGAUGGUGAAUCCGUCAGACAGGACGCAACAGGACCUGGAGAUCGUUUAUUCAUACCUGCAUGGAAUGGAGGCUCUGUCCAACCUCCGCGAACACCAGCUGAGGAUAAUGUGUGAAACGGUCCGCUACGAAAGACACGAAGCCAACGAAGUGCUUUAUUAUCCAGAUGACAUUGGCACAUGUUGGUACAUUCUGCUUUCCGGAUCGGUCUUCAUCAAAGAGUCCAUGUUCUUGCCUCGCUCCAGUUUUGGGAAGAGGUCUGCCGGGAGUCUGCGUCGUGGAUGCGAGUGCAUCGUUCUGGAGCCGUCCGAGAUGAUUGUGGUGGACUAUAUGGAUGAGAAUGAGGAGUAUUUCCAGCGGCAGGCAUCGCACCGACAGUCACGCCGACGCUUUCGCAAGAUCAACCAGAAGGGCGAGCGCCAGACCAUCAUCGACACCGUAGAACCCUAUCCUGCCGGCAAGCCCCCCGUGGCGCGGGGAUACCAUACGGAAUGUGUUAAAGCCCAGCUGCCGGCAGACUUCAGCAGGUUACACCUGGCAGACGGGAUUCACCCUCAGGUGACACACGUAUCCUCCAGUCAUUCAGGAUGUAGCAUCACCAGUGACUCUGGAAGCAGCAGCCUGUCGGACAUUUACCAGAUGCUUUUAUCCAAAUCAUCUUACAGUGCUUUCAAGGCCACCGAGAGUGAGCCGGGCGACAUGGACCUCAGCGGUCUGCCUGAGACGGCCGUCGACUCUGAGGAGGACGAUGAUGAGGAAGACAUCGAGCGCGCCUCAGAUCCCCUCAUGAGCCGAGACAUCGUCAGAGACUGCCUGGAGAAAGACCCCAUGGACCGAACGGAUGAUGACAUAGAGCAACUGUUGGAGUUCAUGCACCAGCUACCAGCCUUUGCCAACAUGACCAUGUCUGUCAGGAGGGAGCUUUGUGCUGUCAUGGUGUUCGCUGUGGUGGAACGAGCCGGCACCGUCGUCCUUAAUGAUGGCGAAGAGCUGGACUCGUGGUCUGUGAUUCUGAAUGGAUCGGUGGAGGUGACGCAUCCAGACAGCCGUAAUGAAAUCCUCUGCAUGGGCAACAGCUUCGGCGUUUCUCCCACCAUGGAGAAAGAGUACAUGAAGGGGGUGAUGAAGACCAAGGUGGACGACUGCCAGUUUGUGUGCAUCGCUCAGCAGGAUUACUGCUGCAUCCUCAACCAGGUGGAGAAGAACAUGCAGAAGGUUGAGGAGGAAGGAGAGAUCGUGAUGGUGAAGGAGCACAGAGAGCUGGAUCGCACAGGCACCAGGAAAGGACACAUCGUCAUCAAGGGCACAUCAGAGCGUCUCACCAUGCACCUUGUAGAAGAGCACUCAGUGGUGGACCCGACUUACAUCGAGGACUUCCUGCUCACCUACCGCACCUUCCUGCCGAGCCCCAUGGUGGUGGGCAAGAGACUGUUGGAGUGGUUUCAUGACCCCAGCCUCAGGGACAAGGUUACACGGGUAGUCUUGCUGUGGGUGAACAAUCACUUUAAUGACUUCGAGGGCGACACUGCAAUGACACAUUUUCUGGAGGAGUUCGAGUACAAUCUGGAGAGAGAGAAAAUGUGUGGCCACCUAAGACUGUUAAACAUAGCAUGUGCUGCCAAAGCUAAGCUGCGUGUGGUGACCCUGACCAAACCCUCGAGGGAAGCCCCGCUGGCCUUCACCCUGCUGGGCGGCUCCGAGAAGGGCUUUCGCAUCUUCAUCGACAGCGUGGAGCCCGGCAGUAAAGCUGCAGAGGCUGGCCUUAAAAGAGGAGAUCAGAUACUGGAGGUAAAUGGGCAAAACUUUGAAAAUGUGCCGCUAUCCAAAGCCAACGAGAUUCUCAAAAACAACACGCACCUGUCCAUUACUGUGAAAACCAAUCUCUUGGUGUUUAAGGAGCUGCUGGCCAGGCCUGACCAGGAUCAGGAGCAAGAACAAGAGGAGGAGCCCGACCGGAAAAACGGGGCUCCGCACAUCCCUAAAAUCGGGGACAUUAAGAAAGCCAGCCGCUACUCCAUCCCUGACCUGGCUGUGGACGUGGAGCAGGUCAUGGAUCUGGAGAAAGCCAGUAAGAAAGCCAAGGCUAACAGCGCAGGAGGAAGAAACAAGCUGAAGAAGAUCUUCGACAAGACACUGACCAGUAUUCUUCCACCCAAACCUUACAAUGACGUUGGGGUGGGACAGUCCCAGGAUGACAGUAUUGUGGGCCUGAAGCAGUCAAAGCAGAUCCCUCCUGCUCUCCCUGUCAGUGGAAACCUUUCAUCAAGCAACCCUGACCUGCUGCAGUCACACCACCGCAUACUCGACUUCAACAACCAGCCUGACAUGUCAGACCAGGUAUUGCGAGUGUUCAAGGCGGACCAGCAAAGUCGGUACAUCAUGAUUGGGAAGGACACCACGGCAAAAGAAGUGGUGGCUCAGGCCAUCCGAGAGUUUGCCCUGACCGCCGCUGCUGAAGCCUAUUCGUUGUGUGAGGUGUCGGUCACUCCUGAAGGUGUCAUCAAGCAGAGGAGACUCCCUGAACAACUCUCCAAACUGGCUGACAGAAUCCAGCUAAGUGGAAGGUACUACCUGAAAAGCAACAUGGAGACAGAGACACUGUGCUCAGAUGAAGAUGCGCAGGAGUUACUACGGGAGAGCCAAAUCAGCCUGCUGCAGCUCAGCACAGUGGAAGUGGCAACCCAACUCUCCAUGCGCGCCUUUGAGCUGUUCUGUGCCAUCGAGCCCACCGAGUACAUCGAUGACCUGUUUAAACUGAAAACUCGCCUCACCGGACCCCCCAGCCUCAAGCUUUUUGAGGAGGCCAUCAAUAGGGAGACAUUCUGGGUGGCCACGGAGGUGGUGCGAGAGGCCAACCAGCUCAAACGCAUGAAGAUAGUCAAGCACUUCAUCAAGAUUGCGCUGCACUGCCGCGAAUGCAAGAACUUCAACUCCAUGUUUGCCAUCAUCAGUGGUCUGAACUUGGCACCAGUGUCCAGGCUAAGGGGCACAUGGGAGAAGCUGCCCAGCAAAUACGAGAAGCUGUUCAGCGACCUUCAAGACCUCUUCGAUCCCUCCAGGAAUAUGGCCAAGUAUCGGAACCUUCUAAACAGCCAGAACCUGCAGCCCCCCAUCAUCCCACUCUUCCCCGUCAUCAAGAAGGAUCUCACUUUCCUGCAUGAAGGGAAUGAUUCCAAAGUGGACGGUUUGGUGAACUUUGAGAAACUGCGGAUGAUCGCUAAAGAGAUCCGACACGUGGGCAGAAUGGCAGCUGUAAACAUGGACCCUGCGCUGAUGUUCAGAACCAGGAAGAAGAAAUGGAGGAGUUUAGGGUCACUCAGCCAGGGCAGUGCCAAUGCGGCCGUCCUGGAUGUGACCCAGACGGGUGGGCACAAGAAGCGGGUCAGGCGGAGUUCCUUCCUUAAUGCCAAGAAGCUGUACGAGGACGCACAGAUGGCACGCAAAGUCAAACAAUACCUGUCCAACCUCACCCUGGAGACCAACGAGGAGAGCCUGCAGACGCUCUCAAUGCAGUGUGAGCCCUCAAUCAACACAUUGCCGAAGAGUUCCGGGGACAGAAAGAGACCUGACACGUCACCCGUAGUCUCACGGGCCGCGACCCACCAGCGCCAGCAGCUUCAAAAAGCCAACCAGGCGCUUCAAGUGCCUGCCGUAGCCCUCUACCCAUCCCGAAAAAAAGUGCCAGUCAAAGACUUACCGCCAUUUGGCACGAGCUCACCCCAGUCUCUGAAGAAGAUCCUGUCUCUUUCAGAGGAGGCAGGAGACAGACACAGAAAGCAGGCCGAGGACAGCGUGUCCAACAACUCCUCACAGCUCUCGUCUCCUCCAACAUCUCCUCACAGCUCACCCAAAAAAGGUUAUGGACGAGCUGGUGAUUACCUGUCAGACUCUGGCCACAGUGAGAUCUCCUCCCGCUCCAGUCUGGUGAGCACCUCUUCCCUGGACAUGGGGCAGGACGAGCGCCGGCAGCGUUAUGGAGGAACGGCUGGAGAGGGACAUGGCAGUGGCCACCGGCUCGAGCGCAGGGCUACUGCUGACCCUGACCAGUACAGCUUGGGGUCUUACUCCUCCAUGCAGGACUGUCGGGGUCUGUACGCGGGCGCCACCGUCCUGUCCUCACCCAGCUCAGAGGAGCUCACCCAGGACCAGGGUGACCGGGUGUCCCUUGACGCUGCAGAUUCUGGUCGUGGCAGCUGGACUUCGUGCUCCAGCGGCUCUCAUGAUAACAUCCAGACCAUGCAGCAGGGUCGCAGCUGGGAGGCGCUGGCGGAGGGCGCAGGCUUGUGGGGCAGCAGAGGGAGCUGGGCAUCCGCAUGCUCCUCUUCUUCUUCGGUGGCGUGUUGGGGCGAGGACUCUGAGGGUGACACUGGCACCAUUAAGCGGAGAGGAGGGAGAGAUGUGAACACAGAUCCAGAGACCAGCAGCAUCACCUCCACCGGGUCAGAAGAGUCCAGACAGCACAGUCGACGGCCCUCGCCCAUCACCGCAGGAAACACCAAGGCUUCGAUCACACGGAAGGACGGGCGCUAUCGGGACCCUCCGCCAACGCCGCCGGGCUACACCGCGCUGACCAUCACAGACGUGACCGAGGGAACGCCGCAUUCGGGCAGGAAACCACCAGACUACACCACCGCCCUGCAGCGCUCGCGCCUCGUCACACACUCCCUCGACUCCCAGCAGCCCCCAGCCGCAGGGAAACCGGACCCCCGGGGCCGAGAGGAGGACGAGGCAGUGGAGGUGGAGGAGGAGGGUGAGUGCUUGUCUCCCAAACUCAGAGCUCAGAGGAGGAGAGGUCCACACACAGCAGUUCCCCCCAGGCCAUGAGUUACAUACACCACCCCGACAGGAAGAGGAUGAACAAGUGUCUGCUGUCUGAAAGAGGACGACACUGGCUUUACUGCGUUGACUGAUGGCCACAGACAGACAUCUCUUCAGCACUGCCUCUCUCCAUCCUCACUCUCCCUGCCCUGCCUUAAUGCAGCAUGGGCUUCAGUGCCCUGCAUGCUCAAAAAUACUGUGAAGAACUGAGGAGAGCUUAGAAAAUAACUUAUUCGGCACUUUUGGAGAACGCAAAUAUGAACUGAAACCCGAAACACAGCGCUUCGACAUUCACACACACACACAAACUGCUGUCAGUGGUUCUCCAUUCAGACGAUUCCCUCUUUCCUUCUGCGUACAAGGUCACACGGACGUGUUUAGUAGUUCCCUUCAGCACUUUUUAACUGUUUUUAAGGUGUAAACCGAUUACAUUUCAGUUGUUAUGAUGAAGGACGAUUCGUCUUAUUCAUAUGUCAGUGUGGUUCAGUAUUAAAAACUGGCACGGCUUGAGGACUAUUGGAGAUAACACGUAGCACACUGAUUUCAAGCGGGACAGAAAGACAAAAUGAAGCCUUAGUGUGUUUGAGAGCCAAAAGAAAGCACGAGUGAAUCAUGACAAACGCGAUAUUGGGAAUAAAAGCUGAAUAAAUGAACAUCUGUUGGGUAAUCCACAAGCGAAUCAGCGGUUCUUCUAACAGAUGCGAUUGUUAAGGCACAACAUCAACUACAACAGCGCCCCUGGUGGUCAAAGCAGGAAACUCAGGCAACAAAAAAAAAGAAAAUAAAUAGAGUCGUCCUACUCGGGUGCUACUUUCUUCCUCUCUGUACAAGUGAUAGCAUUAUGGAGGUGUGUUUGUGUGCUUCUUUUUGUUUGUGAGGGCUCAAGUCGUGCAUGUUUCUCCUGGAUUGGGCCACCGCUGCACAAACAGCUUCCACAAUCACUCACAGGAACUCGACCGAUGAGCAAAACUCACCUUUAUUCUUUCAUUUUAAUCCCUGAGUUAAGCUGAUCACAUUGAUCAGUAGUUAGAAAUGACUUAAAAAGAAGAAGAAGAAAAAAGAAGAAGUUUGCAGUGUUUUCCACUGUACUCUAACAUCACUACUUCAUUUUUUUUUCUCUAGUUGCCUGUUUGUUUGUAGAUUUUUGGCUCUCACACAUUUUCUUUUGGUUUUGUAAAGGUUGCGGAUAUGGUUGUUAGCAACAACAUUUGUAACAGUAAAUAUAUCGACCAUCUGCUUCCAUUUGUUUGGUUUUCUAUUGACGUUUUGGCAAGCCAAGAUGAGUCGCUUGUUUCGCAAAAUAAGUUGCACAAAUUGUACAAGCAUAAAUACAACAAGGUAAAUAGUAGUAGGUAGCUGUUCUGCUACUCUGUUCGAUAUGUGAUGUCAAGUGAGACGUGUACAUUUAGCUGGUGAAGAUUCUCUCUUUUUUGUUUUCGGACUACUUUUACCUGUACGUCUUUUACAAAGACAAUUGGUGGAGUACGUAUGUGUUCUUUUGUUUUGUCUUUUCUUUUUGUUUUGUAUUUUUAAUACAAUAAUUGUAAAUAUUGGUUAUAUUUUUGUUGAAUUGUAGAAAUGUAUGAUGUUUAUGCCUCAACAUCCAGUUUAUAUGAAGCUGGGAAUCAAUAAAUUCGACAAAUGAAUCAACUUAUAGUUUUUAAAUGCACUUAUUAUUAUUAUUAUUAUUAUUGUUAUUAUUCAUUGUGCAUUAAGGUUUUCUUUUGGUUUUGUUUUACAUGACCUCUGGCACCAUCUAGUGUUUGCACAAGAUAAGACAUGGAAGUAACUUGAAAUGUGUAUCUCAAACUUUUCUAACUGACAAAUGUAUGUUGGGGUUAAUAAAAGACAUCCAUAUCUA